AUGGCACAACCCCCGAGACAUGGUGAUUCGCCUUGCAGACGGGACAUGAUAUCGUUUACAGAGGUCGAUAAUGAGAGCCGCGUCGCAAUGAGUGUGCGGUCCUUCGCGGCAUUUAAGAAUUGCGAAGAUGAAAGCGAAGACGGGUGUAGCCUUAUAGAUAUCCUCGAGAAACGAUCGAGCUUAGGGGCUUCUGUUGUUGAUGCAGUUUCUUCACCAACGACAUUUAGAAGAAUAUGGCAAGAAAUAGAAGCCAUUUCCCUAGACCGCCAACCCAGCCGUAGGAGACGUCAGAAUAGUAUUCGGGGUAAUCCUGAACGUGGCCGGACGGGGCUCAUUUCCUCCAUAUCAUCCCCUAUAGACCCGCCUUCCACCGAAACUCGUUCGGCCUCAAGUUCUCCCAGGAGUCUCUUAUCUCAGUCUACAAAGUCGAGAGAGAAAUCAUCAUCUACGUCCCCCACCCCUGAGGAUGUCACAGCUCUUCCCGGUCUCCAGAGCAAGGGGCCGAGAGAGUAUGACGAACUUAUGCCUUUAACUGGAGAUGAAAUUGACCAAGCUCCGUUUGAUCUUGUAUCUCCAUGCAGCAAUGCCCCUUCUCGGUAUUCUCUGGAAAUAAUAUCGGAAGCUCUCUUUUCAGCAGAACACCUAGACGCUAUCUUCAACGAUCAGCUCCUACUUGAAAAGUUUACAGCUUUCCUUUGCGUCUCCAGGCCAAAAUCUGUCCCUCUUCUAGUAUAUUAUUUAGAUGCUCUGAAAGCACUAAAGGCUAUAGGAUAUUCAAACUCCAUUACUCGAUCACUGGUCUCCAUCAACGGAGCAGGCCUUAGUGAAGAGGCAAUCUCAAAUACUACUAACGAAUCCCUAUUAGCAAGGCUUAGCAAGGUACUUCAAACUCUGGCUACAGAGGACUUACCUGCUUAUAUCACCCAUACUUGGGUCCAGACGGUGGCCGUCACUAUCAAGCAGCGGAUUACAAAUACGUUGCCUAACCAUCUCAAACCCCUCUCUGAAGGAUUAGCGGAUGUCUUCUGCUUGAUAGAUCCAUCGAGACAUGACAAUCCAAUUAUAUUUGCUAGCAAAGAGUUCCAUCAAAUGACACAGUAUGGAGCCAGCUAUGCCCUAGGUCGAAAUUGUCGUUUCCUUCAGGGGCCCGGCACGAACCAAUCGAGCGCCAGAAGAAUAAAAGAGCACCUGGAUGCCGGAAAGGAGCACUGCGAGGUCCUACUGAACUACCGCCGGGACGGGUCCCCAUUCAUGAAUCUUGUCAUGGCCGCACCUCUUCUAGAUAGUCGUGGAAUCAUCCGGUACCACAUCAGCGCCCAGGUAGACGUUUCGGGUCUAGCGAAGGAAUGUGUAGGCCUUGAGUCUCUCAGGCGCAUUGUCGACCAGAGACAGGACGACGAGGACGCCAGUGCUCAUACGAGUGGCAAAGAUGAAUUCUGUGAGCUCGCAAAAAUGUUCACUGACUCGGAAUUAAAGAUAGUUCAGGAGAUAGGUGGUAGUAUGCACCGUCGCCGGCAAGGCGCGGCAGGCCCCGAGACAGGUUCGACACAUCAUGGCCCGACACGCGUGGACUCCGAUCCCUUGCCUCGGAUAUCGACCACGUCGAUUAGUCGCGCUACAAGUCUCUUCGAACACUACCUCCUAGUACGCCCACACCCUCACCUACGGGUCCUCUUCGCCUCCCCGUCCCUCCGCUUCCCCGGCAUGCUGCAAAGCAGCUUCAUGUCGCGAAUCAGGGGCCCACCCGCUGUUCGGGAAGCAUUCGCCGAGGGCCGCGGAAUUACCGCCAAGGUCCGCUGGGUGACCCGGAUGGACAGUUACGGGAAGAGCAAGUGGAUACACUGCACGCCGCUGCUGGGAUCAAACGGGGCCGUGGGUGUGUGGAUGGUGGUGCUUGUUAACGACGACGCGGAGGCCGAUUUACGACGUUCUCGGGACGCGCCGCUCGUAGACGUGAAAAUCGACGGGCAGAGGCCUUUUGAUGUAGAGGAUACAAGUUCUGGCAACGGUAACACGAAUGGGGGUCUUAAUGGGUGUCGUUCCUCGUCGGCUUUGGGACACACUUCAGGAGACGUGGACAUUGAAGCUUGUACAUCAGGAUUUAGUGGCCUAACACACAAGGAGGCAGGAUCUGCUACGAUGUAACCGGCCUGUCCAACAUGCUGGUAACAUGGGAGGAGCUGGUAGUCGUUCUCCCUAAUACUCACUUUCUAAUCACACUGUUUAAUCAGCAAAUCUCAUGUCUAGAUACCUAAGAUAUAAGUAGAGGUGGU